GUGUCACUGGAAGGCGAGGUCACUUUUGGAAACUUGGAGAGUGGGAAAAUCGGGAAAAGUGAAAGUUGCAAGAGAGAGAGAGAUACAUUCAGAAAGGACAUAAGAGAGUGUGAACCGACUUUGUGGAGAGAGAGAGAGAGAGAGAGAGACACGAGAUGGUGCCUGGAAUAUUUGGUGGUUAAUGGAAUUCCAACAUCCAAGACUUGCACAACUUAUUCCUGGAGUUGUGGAGUUGGACGGGCGUGGGAUCGCUUGACCCGCUGGCCUGGAGUUGCUGGUGGGGGGAGGGAGAGAGGGCGAGAGAGAGUGUGAGUGAGUGAAGUGGUCAGGAAAAUGCAACUUAACCGACCCAGGAGCGUUCUCCUGAACUUCCCCCCAGCCAGGGAGCAGCGGGUCGCCCUCCCUCACCAGCUCAAAACGAUGAGAUUCUCCUAUCACAGCGGAGCCGAUGAAGCGCUUCGCCCAGGCCAGCAAGUCGGACUUGGUGUCCCCGCACCCCACUCGCUGGUCAAGAGCCUGUCCUUGGAGGCCAGCCCAUGCCUCGAGGGCCAUCAAGACGGAGCCAACCCUGAGGCCUCGGGUAACCCGGUACCUGACCGCCCGGCACCACCAGGAAUCGCCGGGGAGAGGCCUUCACCCACUCGGAGAUCAGUGGGGUCCAAACCUCAGGUGCCUCCCAAACCCUCGCACCUUCUUCGUCCCCGUGAGCCAGAGCCCAUCCCUCCUGCACCCUCCAGACCACUGCCUGCUGACCCCAGGGGUCCCCAACCUCCGGCUGGAGCGAGCCGAGAUCCCGGGACCCUGGCUCGAGUCUCCUCCCUCAUCGAGAAAUUCGAAAGGGAACACAUCCCUCUGGGACCUGAGAUGAACUGGUUGGGCUUCAGUCACUGUGCCGAGGGUUCCUGCCUCUUCCCCAGACUGGCCGGGAAUUCGAAGCUGGAGUGUCUGAGUUCGCUGGAGUCGGGGAUCAGCAUGAACGACGCCGCCACUCGGCUGCUGGACUUUGCCGAGGGCUCGGAGGCUGUGGCGGGCGGUGCGGAGGGAGGCGGGGCCUCAACCUGCUCAUCCUCCUCCUCCUCCUCCUCCUCCUCCUCCUCCGUCAAGCGUCCGAACCGCGACAGUGGCAUCGGCAGCCUCAGCUCCCCCUGCAACAGCGACGAGCUGUGCUUCGGGCCCGAGGAAGGCCCUGAGGGGGUCUGCAGGCCCCCGGGAGGGGUCACACUCUGCCACGCCCACCCCACCCGGAUCAGGAGGCGCUCGCCCCGCGACUCAGAGGCCGACAGCGACUUGGAGGAGGGCAGCGGCGACGAAGAGGCAGGUUCCGUGAGGCCCCCCCAAGCCGAGCGGCAGGACUCUGCAGACCUGACAAUUCAGCAGAGAGUCUUCAACAUCGCCAAUGAGCUACUCCUCACAGAGAAGGCCUACGUAACCCGGCUUUACCUCCUGGAUAAGGUAUUCUGUGCCCGACUGAUGGAGGAAGCUCGCUCAAAGAACUCCGUCCCUGUGGAGGUGGUGUUAUCCAUCUUCUCCAAUAUCUGUUCUAUUUAUUGUUUUCACCAGCAGUUCCUGCUGCCCGAGCUGGAGAGACGAAUGAUGGAGUGGGAAUCGAACCCCCGCCUUGGAGACAUUCUCCAGAAGCUCGCCCCCUUCCUCAAGAUGUACGGGGAGUACGUGAAGAACUUCGAUCGAGCCAUGGAGCUCGUCAAUACCUGGCUGCAGAAAUCCACUCAUUUUAAAGCCAUUGUUCAGGACAUCCAGAAAGAGGAACUUUGUGGGAACCUGACACUACAGCAUCACAUGUUGGAGCCGGUGCAGAGGAUCCCACGCUAUGAACUCCUGCUCAAAGACUACCUGAAGAAAUUGCCUGAUGACUCCCCUGACCGAAAGGACUCCGAAAAAUCUCUUGAGCUAAUCUCAACAGCAGCCGACCAUUCCAAUGCUGCCAUUCGCAAAAUGGAGCGGAUGCACAAACUGCUCAAAGUCUACGAGCUACUUGGGGGAGAGGAGGACAUAGUCAACCCCACAAACGAGCUGAUCAAAGAGGGCCAUAUUCUGAAACUCUCGGCCAAGAAUGGCACCACUCAGGAUCGAUACCUUAUACUGUUCAACAACCGUUUGCUGUACUGUGUCCCAAAGCUCCGUCUGAUUGGACAGAAAUUCAGCGUCCGGGCGAGGAUUGAUGUCGAUGGAAUGGAGCUGAAGGAGACCAGCAGCCAGAACUCGUGCCGGACAUUCCUCGUCUCAGGGAAGCAGCGUUCCCUGGAACUCCAGGCCAGAACAGAAGAAGAAAAGAAGGACUGGAUCAAGGCAAUCCAGGUGACCAUUCGGAAACACGAGGAGACCCUAGAAAGCUGUACACUGCUGAGUGGAUCAUUCAGGGAUGACGAGACCCCCCCAGAUUCACCGAACACGGAGCUCGGUAAGAGAGCGCCCACCCCGAUCCGGGAGAAGGAGGUCACCAUGUGUAUGAUGUGCCAGGAGCCGUUCAACUCUAUCACUAAACGCCGACAUCACUGCAAGGCUUGUGGCCACGUGGUCUGUGGGAAAUGUUCAGAAUUCCGGGCCCGUUUGUUAUACGACAACAAUCGAUCCAACCGGGUGUGCCGGGAUUGCUAUACAGCACUGCACGGGUCACCAGUGAGUCCCGGGCACCGGACAUCCUAUACACAGAGGAGAAGAUCAAUCCUUGAGAAACAGGCAUCUGUAGUGGCUGAGAACAGCGUGAUUUGCAGCUACAUGCACUACAUGGAGAAAGGAGGAAAGAGCUGGCAGAAGAGUUGGUGUGUCAUUCCUGAGAAUGAGCCCCUCGUCCUCUAUAUCUAUGGAGCCCCACAGGACGUUAAAGCACUCCGCAGCGUGCCGCUGAUCGGCUUCGAGGUGGGGCCACCGGAGGGGUCUGAGAGGCCAGAGAGACGCCACACCUUCAGCAUCAGCCAGAGCCACCUGACCCUGUACUUCAGCGCCGAGUCCGAGGAGCUGCUCGCCCGCUGGGCGCAGGCCCUGGCCAAGGCUGGCCGGGGUGGCGACGAUGACCCCGAGGAUGCCGGUGGUGGGAGGGACGGGUGCCCACAGGGUGGCACGAUGGGACCCCCAGCGACCUCCCCUCCACAGACUGACAACACCUAACACCACCAACCUGAUCGGGGAGCUCAACAUUCCAAUACUUGAAUCAAAGGGCACUUUGUUUUUAUUUUGUGUGUGUGUGUGUUUAAUAUUUUAUAUAUUUUAAAAAAGCCAAUAAGUAUAUAUAUAAAUAUAUAUAUAAAUAUUAAUAAGUUGAUGCAUUUCCAAGGGAGACGGUCUCGUCCAGUGAUGACUUCUCGUGACACUUUGACCUCUGACCUCAGCACUCUUGAUCUUCGUCUCGCUCUGUCUCUCGCUGUCUCUCUCUCUUUGUUUCUCUCUCUCCCUGUCCAUCUAGCUCUCUCUCUGUCUGUCUCUCUCUCUGUCUCUCUCUCUCUCUA